AUGACAUCCUCAAUAACAAGAAGAUUAUUAAGAGAUUGGAAAUAUAUUAAUCGUUCUUUAUUAUAUAAAAAUCCGGAAAAUCAGGACAACUUAUUUUAUUUAAAGCCUCAGGAUUCUAAUCUUCAUAUAUGGCAUUUGAUCUUACUAGAACCUUUAAGUUCAAUAGAAUUAUAUUUUAUUCUUUACAUUAAUGAAAAAUUUGACAGUGAAGUUCUUAUUGUAAGAUGUUUAACACCAUAUGAUAAUAUACCAUUUAACAGAAAUAUUAAUUUAUCAUACUUAUUCCCAAUCUUCAAAGAACAUGGAUUGCAUCAAUUAAUAUUAAAAAUAUGGAAUAUUUGUUUUAACCAACAGAACAAUUGUAAAAAUUUGAUAUCUAACACAAAAAAUGAAAAUAUUAAUAUUAGUAGUAGUACUCAAUGUGUGGCCAGAAUUUUACGAGCCUGGAAUAGAAUCAUGUACAAAGAUUUUAAAAUAUAUUUCCCAGAACUAGUUGGAUUUUUGCAAACUGGUGAUUAUGAAUCUGUUAAAGCACUCUCCAACAGAUUAAAAGAAUAUAAGUAUUGUGGAUCAUUUCAAAACCAACUUAAAUGUAAUAAGAACAAUUCUGCAGAAUACUCUUUGGAAGAAAGAGAUCCAAAUAUUACAGCAAUUAACAUACAUAAUUAUCAUAAUAAUCCAGAUAUUUUUAGUCCAAAUAAUCUAUAUACUUGUGAUAAUAUUAUCUCAUUAAAAAGAAAAAAACUACAGCUAGAAGAUAUUGAGUAUAGUUUUCAUAAUAGUAUUGAUAGAAGUAACGACGGUGACACUAUGAAUGAUAACAAUAAUACUCUUAGGACUAGUUCCCAAAGUAAAAAAAGAAAAUUAUAA